AUGGGAUCUAAAAGGAAAAGAGCGGAAAAGCAGAAGGACUUUACAAAGGCUAAGCUAAAAGUAGGCAAAACUGCGGCCAAGCCUGAUAAUUAUACCGAUACAUCAUUCAAAUCGAGAACAAUUUCUUUGCCAAAUCAGUCAAUAUCCAAGAAGAUCAAGUCUGGGCAGUCUAAUCAAAGCGAAGACCACGAACUCAUAAAAUAUUUAUCAUUAACAAAACACCAUUCUGCAAGUACCAGGAGGGAAGUCUUACAUUAUAUUGAAACGCAUUUACCCUCAGGUCCGUCAAUGUACAAACAAAUAAUCUCAAACAUAACGCCUCUAUUUCUAGAUUCUUCUUUAGAAGUAAGGAAAGGGGCCGUAUCUUUACUUUCAGCAUGUGCAGAGAGCCAACCUGGGUUAUUGGAUCUACAUCUACGUCCUAUAAUACUUUUCAUACACUCAGCUAUGACUCACAUUCAAUCUGAUAUUAGAAAUAGUUCAACGAAGUUUUUAUUAGUUUUAAUAUCCAAGGCUGGAGAUUCCUUGGCUAAAGGAUAUUUUAUAAAGACCAUGAAAGCAUUUUUCAUCCUUUUAUCUUGGUCUUUAGACGAAAGUAAGAAAUCCGUGUCGCUUGCUGCUUCUUCUGUCAAUUCGCUAGGAGGGGCGACGAAGAGAGCUAGAACGCAACAUUUGGCAGCUUUCAAACUCUUUUUGAAAGUUUGCUUUUUUUCAAACGAAGAUGAGUGUGCUGUUGAUCUUGCAAAAAUCGUGCAAGUUCAUCCACAAUCCUACAAAUACUUAUUACCUCAUGCUCCCCAACCAUAUUCGCCUUUGAAAUUGUUCAAUAGACACAUAAUUAACUCGAAUAUAAUCGGAAGUUUCUCAAAUGAGCAAAACUCAGAUUCCUCAGCUUACUCCUUAGCAGAUUUGAAUGUUGUUUCAACUGAAGAUUUAGAUACAAGAAGAAAGGUAAUGCUAGAUGCAUUUUUGUGUCCUCUAGAGACAAACCUCAAGAAGCUUAUAAAAGAAGGUGGCGAUGUGGGAAGAGAAGCUAAUACAUGUUUGGAAUUAAUAGAUGAGAUAUCAAAAGAUUCCAAAUCUAGCAUUAAUAAUUAG